ACUAAAAAAUUGAGAUCCUUUUAAUUGAUGGGCCCUAUUCUGUAGAAUGGAUUUAACAUCUUCAAUAAUAACAACAACAACAACAAAAAAUUUUAUUCAUGUCCUAGCUUGCAGCCUUGUGUGGGGUGUGCCUAUAUAAAGGAAGAACGAAGUAAGGCAGCUCUCAAGUGUCAAUUCAAUAUCCAAUUUCGGUAAGAAAUUCUAUCGCAUUCCAUAUAGAGCAAACUUGGAAGAGCUGAGCCGGAGAUGGGGUUAAAGGGUAAGUUGAUAGCCGCAAUUGAAUUCAACGCCGGUGGAGAUUUGUUUCAUGAACUCUUCAGGUACAAACCACACGACGUGUCCACGGCGAGCCCAGACAAGGUCCAAGGUUGCGAUUUGGUUGAGGGUCAUGAGUUCGGCCACGUUGGCACCAUCAUAUGUUGGAAAUACACCCAUGACGGGAAAGAGAAGAAGGCAAAACAACUUAUUCAAAAAAUAGAUGAAGAGAAGAAGCUGGUUGAAUACAAGAUGUUAGAAGGAGACUUGAUGGAACAAUACAAAGCUUUCUUAAUAACAAUCCACAUAGAGACAAAGGACGGCAUUGAUUUGGUGACAUGGACCUUAGACUAUGAAAUGCCUAAUGAAGAUGUGGAACAUCCCAUUUCAAUGCUCUCCUACUUCAUCAACCUCACCAAGGACAUCGAGACUCACCACACUCCCAAACCUACUUCAGUUUGAUCGGUCCAUGUUUCCAUCUUAUGAUAAAAUGUUGUUCUAAUUAAUAAAUAAGAAACUGCAUUUGUAAUCAGUUUAUUAUAAUAAAGCAAGCAUCACAAAAUCAUGUUGUAAAAACAUGUUUUUUAGUGCGGGAUUUCUAAUAAAAUGGUUGUUGUGUUUGUAUUUAGCCUUUAUUUUAUGAAGGACGUCCGUUUGCAACUGUGUGUGUAAGUGUGUGUGUCUUGGGAUGACUGCAAAAUGGUUGUUGUGUCUUGAAUAUUACUAGUAAGUUUGAAUGUACGCAUUUCGUUAAGUGCUUUGAAUUUGUAUCCUAAUAAGUACAUGCAUGUUGUAAACUGUAUGGAUCCCCAGAAAUAAUAAAAAAUAUAGCCAUAUAGGUUAUA